UGGAAGAAGGAAGGCAGAGCACCACCGUAGCGUGAGGCGGAGGUAGCGGCAGCAGCAGCAGCCGGCGGUGUAGUGGCUGCCACCACCAACACCAGCUGCUGCCGGGGAAGCGCUACUACCAUUAGCUGCUAGGGACUACCUCCACUAUCAGCUUCUGGGGACCACUAUCAGCUGCUGGGGACCACCAUCACCAGCCACACACCGCUGCUCACACUUUUAUCAUGACCUCCAUCAACAGUAAUGGCAACGGCAAUGCCCUCAAGUUAUACUAUUGGUACACUUCCUUCUACUCUCAGAGGUUGCUCUUACAGGUCCUGAUGGCUCUAUAUGAGAAACGUGUACCUUUCAAAACACAAAUUGUGUCAUUGUUGGCAGAGGAGCAAUAUGAGCCAAAGUUUUUAAAACUGAACCCACGUGCUGAAGUUCCAGUACUCACAGAUGGAGUAAAGGUUAUCCCUGACUCUACUCGCAUUAUAGAAUACCUAGAAGACAAUUUUUCUAAUGGUCAGUUUGGACAAUUAACUCCUAAGGAAAAAGGCAGUGAAGAAAGCAAAACUAUCCAGAAAUUUAGGGACCUUCUGGAAACACUUCCUAUUCCUGCUCUAACUUUUGGAACAGCCAUUCAUCCAGAAUUGGUGGAUAAUCCCAAACCACCCUUCACUCCAUCUGUCCUAAAACAAAUGAAAGAAAAUGCCAAGAAUCGCCAUGUUGUUAUACGAGGACAUGCAGAAAAGGCACCAGAAUUCCAGAAAGUCCUAAUGGAAAAGGCUGCUGCAGUAGAACAUGGGGCCCUCAAGUUAAACAGAACCAGAGAAGAAAUGGAUGAGGUCUUAAAGGAGUUUGAUUUGGCUUUACAAAAAGUGGAACUACAACUGUCGUCUCAUACUGGAGAUAAAUCUGCAUGGUGGUUGUGUGGUGAAAUGUUCAGUAUAGCUGAUGUAGACUUAGCCAUUCUUCUAAAUCGCCUUAAUUGUCUGGGCUAUGAACUUAAAUUUUGGGCAGGAGGAAAGCGUCCUUUUCUGGAAACAUACUGGCAUAAAAUACAGAAGAGAGAUUCAUUUAAGAGAGCUACGUACUUCUCAACAAAUGCAGUGCAUUUGACAAAGCUCCGAGGAAUCUUGAAGCAAAGUAAAACUUUGCUGGCGUCAUUAACAGCAGUAAUGGGCAUAGCAAUUAUAUCUUACAUAAUAUAUCGACGGGUAUCGAAAUCGUAGGAGAGAAUUUUCAUUGUUUCUACAGUAGCAUCAGUGCUUAGACUCACACUUUGUAGUGUUUGGUUAUUUUGGUUAUAUGGGUUUGGAUAAUUUUGGAUAGGUUUUAGCAGGACUCACUAUUAGGAAAAAAGAUAAAUAUGUUUAUAUUGUACGUGCAAGUCAGUGACCAUUGAACAAUAGAGCUAUGCGAGAUUUUCUUUGUGUGUUUGUGCGCAUGCAUGUGCGUGUGUGUGUACUUGCCUAUUUGUGGUUGCAGGGGUCGAGUCAUAGCUCCUGGCCCCGUCUCUUCACUGAUUGCUUCUAGGUCCUCUCCCUGCUCUAUGAGCUUUAUCAAACCUCGUCUUAAAACUAUGUAUGGUUCCUGCCUCCACUACAUUACUUUCUUGGCUAUUCCUCUGUGUGUGUGGUGCGUGCGUGCGUGUGUGCGUGCGCGCGUGUGCGUGUGUGUGUGUGUGUGUUACCAUUUUGUCAUAGGCACAUGUCGAUUAGACACUAGGCCUGUUGUAUAUGAGUACGUGUGUGUGUGUGUGUGUGUGGUAGUUGUGUGUGUGUGUGUGUGUGUGUGUGUGGUAGUUGUGUGUGUGUGUGUGUGUAUGUGUGUGUGUGUGUGUGUGGUACUCACCUAUUUGUGGUUGCAGGUGUCGAUUCAUAGCUCCUGGCCCCCGCCUCUUCACUGAUUGCUACUAGGUCCUCUCUCUCCCUGCUCCAUGAGCUUUAUCAUACCUCGCCUUAAAACUAUGUAUGGUUCCCUCCUCCACUACUUCACUUUCUAGGCUAUUCCACGGCUUGACUACUCUAUGACUGAAGAAAU